AUGAAAGCAGCCUCGAUGUCCCUGCGAGGCCGACUCGAGAGGCUCUACUCGCGGGUCGCCUCCCACGUCGAAAGCCAGCCGUUCGGCAUCGAUGUCAGUGAUGGGCUCGCGCCUGUGGUGCAACGCGCUUGCAGCAGGAUACCACACCCAGUCGUGAGGGUCUUCAAGCUUCUCCUUCUUGUGCUUGUACUUUUUAUUGCCUUUCUCAACCUGCCUUCACUGCGACCUUACACCACAGAUCUUGUUUUGAACACAAAGGACCUCCGACAACCUAUUCUGAACACAGCCUCCCCCGACGACCACAAAGCCACUCAACCAGCUUCUUCAUCGAACCAUGUCAUGGACUGUGGCGCCGACAUUGACCGCCUCGCCAAGCUCAGAGACAGAUUCAAACUUGACGACGAGGUCGAGUACCUGAAGCGCUAUGUGCGCAUCACCCGUGAGCCUAUUGAGCGACAACAGCGCACUUUCUUGCAGCAGCGAUUCCUCCCUGAAGACGACGAAGGGCAGGGACUCCAAGUGCUCGACUUGACCAAGAAUGUGCAGCACGAACAGACGUGUCCAGAGCCAUUGGAGAUUGCCGUAACCCAGUCCCCAUCCCCGACCGAGGCCGAUCUCUCCGACUUCAUCUUCGCCAUCUCUACCGAUGUCAAACGCAUGAGAGACCCUCUCAUUGUCGACGAAUGGGCUUUCUGGUUGACCAAUGGUCUUGGACAUUCCAACGGAGGCAAGCUUUUCCUUCGACUCAUCGAUGCCUCGGAUUCGGAGCUUACGGAUGCCGCGCAGCGAUUGGCCGAAGCUGGCAUUGAUGCCCAGGUCAGCGCGCUCGACAGCCGGCUACACAGAGAAAUGGCCGUGCGAUAUCUCGAUCUAGUGCCCAUGCUCUACUUCCACCCGGAUUCGGUCAACAGGAAAUGGCUCGUUCUGUGUGACGACGACACCUUCUUCACGUCUGCGCAUAGUCUUGUCGAAAGGUUCAAGCAAUACGACCACGAGAAGCUGUUCUACGUCGGGAGUCUCUCCGAGGAUGCCAUCGCCGUCAAGACACAUGGAUCCCAGGCGUUUGGCGGCGCCGGCGUAUUCAUCAGUCGUCCUCUCGCCCAGGUGCUCUCGACAGUGCACCAGACAUGCAAGACACGGGCCAAAAUUCGGCAGUCCAACACUGGAUGGGGCCCGCAGGGCGAUAUUCUUCUCCGAAAUUGCAUCUACGACAAUACGGAUAUACGGCUAUCACAGCUGCAUGGGCUUUGGCAGCUGGACAUUAGAGGAGAUGCGUCGGGGUUUUAUGAAUCUGGGCUCAGUGCCUACAGCAUACACCAUUUCAAGGGAGGGACGAAAUGGCACACCACCUACCCCCUGAACACCACCAAGAUCGCAUAUACCUGUGGCGAGGACUGUCCGUACCAGCGAUUCAUCACAGAGGACGAUUUCAUCAUCGCGAAUGGAUACAGCGUCGCCCAGUACCCGUACGGUGUGGAGUUCAAUCUCGAUCAAGUUGAGCGUACCUUCCGUCCGCUCAUGGUGGAAAAGGAAUGGAACUUUGACUACAUGUACGGCCCGCAGCGCCCUUCCUUAUCAGGUACAGGAAAGAAGAUCUCUUGGGAGCUCGGUGAAGCUGAGACAAAUCUGGAGGAUGGAGUCACGAUACAGACGUAUAUCCGGAGGAAGGAUGACGUGCGCUGGACAACUGAGGAUGGGAAGCCCAUGAAAUCGGUUGAUGGCAUCAUCGAACUUGUAUGGAUUUCUGCAUAG